GGAAAAACCACUAUUCAGCAUAACUUGAUAAAUAAACGUUUGUUUAAUUAUUUAUUAUUAAUUAAAUCCAACUCGCAGAGCGUGUAAGGUCGUGAUUUUUAUUCUAGUACUUAACGUAACCGGUGUGAGUCAAAGACAAAAUGUAUUAUUUUCUAGGAGUAUUUUUAAUUUUGUUAGGACAUGUAUUAGCUCAAAAUAAGCAGAUAAAUAGGGUUAACGUUACAGUGUACUAUGAAUCCCUUUGCCCUUAUGCCAGAAAUUUUACAAUUAAUCAGCUAUAUCCAAUACUUCAAGGAAACCUAUCCCAUUAUGUUAAUCUGGAGUUAAUUCCUUAUGGAAAAGCAAAUAGAACCUCUGAUAUUAACAGCGACGUGUCAUUUAACUGUCAACACGGACCCAUCGAAUGUUAUGGAAACUUAAUACAAGGCUGUUCCCGAGAUCUCAUCGAUUACGGUAGUAAUACAGAUGAUUUGGGAUUCAACAAAAAUCACCUCGAUUUCGUGGAAUGUUUCAUGAAAAAUGUCACAUCUCACUCGACCAGGACCCAAGCUGAAGAAGCGGUCGUCAGAUGUUCUAAACCUAAAGUUAUAUCUGCAUCAAGACUGAAAACUUGUGCCAACAAUACCUUUGGAAUCCAACACUUGAUCCAUUAUGGAAAAAUAACUGACAGUUUUCAAAAACCGUUAGAACACGUACCAACAAUCGUGUUUAAUGGAGUAUACAAUGAAGAAGAGAGCGAUGGUGCUCAAGAAGAUUUUCUAGCAGAAUUAUGUUCGAAAAUUAUAGAACCAAAACCAAAAGAAUGUGAUAGUGCCAAAAUACUUCAAAGAAAAUCCUCAAAGUCUAGUGUUAAUUCAUUCCACACGAUAUCGCAGUUUCUUAUAUGGUACACAUUAGUAUUAAUGUUUUAUUUAUCAACUUAAAUUUUUUAUAAAAUCUUUUAUUGUACAUAAAAACUUAAAAAUAUACAUAGUCUUUAAUUUUUU